AAGAAAGAUGAUCUACUUUGAAACUCAAUAUUUGAACAUCAGUCGAGUACUUAUGCUUGCAGUUGGAAUAUGGCCUUAUAAACAGUCGAAGCUCAUUUCACUUCAAGUCAUCUUGUGUUAUAUUCUUCUGGUGAGCAUCAUAGUAGUGCAGUUUACACCAUUCUUGACUACAAAAUGUACUCCUGAUUUUGCCAUCAAAGUUCUGUCACUAGCAUUAUUUUGUAGUAUAUAUGUGAUUAUAUAUAAUUCACUCCAGAUUAAUAAAUACAUCAUACGAUCUUUUUUCGAUCAAAUUCAAUAUAUUUUUAAUGCAAUAAAAGAUGAUUAUGAAAUCGCUAUUUUAGAAAGGUAUGGAUAUAAUGCAAGAUGCUAUCAGUUUGCUUGUGCAGUAUUUGGCAUGUGCUGUCUCUUUAUUGUUAAUAUUCAACCAUGGUGGCCACGCAUAUUGAAUGUUCUACCGUUCAUAAAUGUUUCUGAAUCGUAUCACGCAAUGUACAUCAUAACUGAAUACUUUGUUGAUGAAGAAAAAUAUUUAUAUUUAAUUACUCUGCACAUAAACGUGACUCUUUGUGCAGCAACAUUUAUAAUGUUAGCGGCUGGAACGUUGUUUAUAGCAUAUGUUAAAUGUACUUGCGGAAUAUUUAGAGUCGCCACGUACCGAGUCGAGCAUGCAAUGAAUAUUCACAUUCCACAAAGUGUUGAUCUAAAGAAUGAAAUUAUGAUCUGUAAUAAAAUAAUCCACAUUGUGGACAUUCAUCGCAAAGCUAUGAAGCUCAUCAGAGACUUUAUUUCUACCCUCGAGAGUACGGUUUUUUGUGUAAUAAUAAUCAGUGUAGUUUGCUUAAGUCUGAAUCUUUAUCGAAUUUUUCAGGUUGUGUCGUUUGAUGGCAAUAUCGAGGAGUUUAUAGUACAUUCCACAGUUGUAUCUAUCAUUUUUAUAUAUAUAUUCAUAAUCAACUAUUUCGCGCAAGAAAUUUUAGAUCACAAUAACGAGAUAUUUAUAGCCGUAUAUAACAUUCGCUGGUAUACAGCUCCUUUAUGUAUACAGAAAAUGAUAUUGUUCUUGUUGCAAAGAGGCACGAGAGGUUUUAAUCUGAAGGUUGGUGGAUUAUUUUUGGCAUGUUUAGAAAGUUCCGCCACGCUGAUAAGUACCUCCAUGUCUUAUUUCACUGUACUUUGUUCGGUGCGACAUUGAUAUAAAGAUAUCUAUUGUUUCGCGAAGAUAUCUAUUCUUUUACUGUGGAAGAUAUAUGGAUUGUCUCAUUAAGUCUGAACAAGCGAAUACAUAACAUGCUCAAAAAUAUACUUCAUAAAUUUUACAUAUGAUUCAAACUCACGAACGUUUGACAAAUGUCACUAAAAACUUCACUAAUAAAUAACGACGAUGUAACAUUCGCCUUUA